AAAAUCCAAGGCGCGAUGGAAAACCUUCAUGCAUGUCAUGCGCCGAUCGUAACCUCGUGUCCUCGUACGUUCGUUCAUGGCUGCCGCAGCUCACAGCCAAGAAGCACAAUCCGCACGUGCCGCAAUGCAGAUGAGAGGUCCAGAACACAGAGGACCAGCCCGCGCCCGCCGACGCACCACCUAGACGCACGGCCAUUCGACGAGCCGCCGGGGUGGUCGCGGGGAUAUAUUUUCCCGCCGGAAAAUCCCUCCCGGAUGUCGCCCCCGCGCGCUUUUGACCCUUCCGUCCCUUUCAGCCCGGCCGUCGGGAGGGUCAAACUCUUGUCGCCGCGGGAAACUUCCGCGCAGCAGCGCAUGGCCGUCCUCCUCAUCCAAACAACGAAGCCCACGAGCAGCUCGGGGACACGCGCGGGCCCGCCACGGCCCACGUGGCGCGGGCGGGGGCCCGUAUAUAGCCGCCCCGGGCGCCCCACCCUACAAACGUACUUGGUCGCCAAGGAAACGAGCCAUCAACAAAAGAGAAGGCUCCAGGUCCCAGGAGGCGGUAUCACAACCAGCCGCCUUUCUCUUCUCUUCUCUUCUCUUCCAACACCGCGGCACGACCGCGCGAGGGCCGGGGUUUUCUGGGAGGUGGUGCAGCGAGCGAGCGCGGGGAGGAGAAUGAUGACGGCAAUGGUGAAGGCCGAGUCGACGACGGCGGCGGCGGCGGCGGAGGGGAGCAGCGGGCGGAGGGACGCGGAGGCGGAGCUCAACCUGCCGCCGGGCUUCCGCUUCCACCCCACGGACGACGAGCUCGUCGUGCACUACCUCUGCAGGAAGGUGGCCGGCCAGCCGCAGCCCGUGCCCAUCAUCGCCGAGGUCGAUCUCUACAAGUUCAACCCCUGGGAUCUGCCCGAGAGGGCGCUGUUCGGGAGCAGGGAGUGGUACUUCUUCACGCCGCGCGACCGCAAGUACCCCAACGGCUCGCGCCCCAACCGCUCCGCCGGCACCGGCUACUGGAAGGCCACGGGCGCCGACAAGCCCGUGGCGCCCAAGGAGAGCGGCGGCCGGACGGUCGGCAUCAAGAAGGCGCUCGUCUUCUACUCCGGCAGGGCGCCCAGGGGCGUCAAGACCGACUGGAUCAUGCACGAGUACCGCAUCGCCGAAGCCGACCGCGCGCCCGGCAAGAAGGGGUCCCUCAAGUUGGACGAAUGGGUGCUGUGCCGGCUGUACAACAAGAAGAACAACUGGGAGAAGCUCAAGGUGGAGCAGGACAUGGCUGUGGAGGCCGGGCCGAACGGGGAGGUCAUGGACGCGUUGGCGACCGACGCCAUGUCUGACAGCUUCCAGACGCACGACUCCUCGGAGAUCGACAGCGCCUCCGGCCUGCAGCAGCACGGCUUCAUGGACAUGGCGCAGGGGCAGCCGAGGGGCGGCAUGGUGACGGUGAAGGAGGACAGCGACUGGUUCACCGGCCUGAGUAUGGACGACCUGCAGACUUGUUAUAUGAACAUGGGGCAGAUGGUGAACCCGGCGACGAUGCCUGGGCAGAACGGCAGCGGCUACCUGCAGCCGAUGAGCUCGCCGCAGAUGAUGAGGCCGAUGUGGCAAACAAUCUUGCCACCAUUCUGAGAUGGAACAAGAAAGAUCUGGUGUAAAUUAUUGGAAAUAGAAGUGAUUAGACAAAUACUUACUUUGUUGAACUAGAAAGAGGUAGAAAUUUCCCAGGCAUGAUUCUGAAGAUGUGGUGGUAGGCUUGUAGCAGUAUUUAUUCUUUGGUUUCGAUCUGUAAAUUUGGUAUUCUGAACAAACAUGUGGUUUUAUUCUCAUAAUAAUAUCAAGCCUAAACACCAAACUUGUUCUUCUGACCCUUGAUCAAUCUGAAACAUAUACUCCCUCCGUCC